AUGGUAUGGUCCAAUAAUGUAUGGAGCUCAUCAGAAGACUCGCAGUCCUCAGAGCAAACUCUUCGGCCAACGUGUAACAUCAAAGGCGAAAGUCCUAAAACUGCCUUUGAGCUCGCAGCCGAAGUUUUUAAAGUAAAGCGACUCAACGAAGUCAGGAUGGAAAAUAAUGAAAAAAUUAUGCGCAAAAAAGAAGUGAUCAAUCGCCUGUUCAAAGAAAUGGAGUUCCUGAAAUCGAAAGAGAAGGAAAUUGAUAUUCAACUCGCAAAAAAUAUUGAAAAAUUGACCUUGAUCACGAAAAAUACUAACGGUAGUCCUGAACCUUCAAAAGAAUCUCCAGAAAACCAGAGCACGCUUGAUGGGAUAGAUUCUAUCCAGACUGAAUUUCCUUCUGAUCGAAGCUUCCUUCCAACUCCUGAUAGUGAUAAUCAUUCUGAUUUAUCGACAAUUUCGAAGACCUCUACGCUUGUACUUAAUACGCCUUCAAGGUCUCGUUCAUCGUCUCUUUUGAGCAACGAUAAGACUGUCCCAUGGGACACCGAAAAAAAUCCUGAUUGUGAGUCUGGCUGGGAAACGAGUUGGGAGACCCAAUCUUGGGAUAAAGCUCAUUCUGUUUGGUAA